ACAGCUCGUCUGCCCUCGCUGCAGCCGGGAGGAGGCGGCGGCCCGGGGACCCCUGGCCCCGCCCGCCCCCAGCCCUUCCCGGGAGGCCGGGAGACCUGCUCCGCCCGGCCCUCGGUGGGUGAGUGCUAGCCGCGGGCGGCGGGUGGGGCCUCCUCAGGGCGGAGGCACCGGGGAGCGAGGCGACGCCUGUCAACGCUCCAGGCCCAGAAGGAGGACGCGCCAACAUCCCCGCUGCUGCACUCGGCCCGGCGUCCGGCUGCUGCUCCCACCACUGGGCCCGGGCUGGGGCUGCCGGGACAGCACUGCGAGGAGCAGGAGGAGCCUGGGACCGGCUCUGCCUCCCCGAGGGCAGCAUCGUGGGGCCCCUAGCUGGCUGACCCAAGGUGGCUCUGGCCAUGCACUGCUGGCCUUGGGGGCUGCUGCUGACCGCCAGCACUCUCUUGGCCGCACUGAGCCCGGGGCCGCCUGUGCCCACAGACCCUUGCCAUGAUGAGGGGGGCGCACCCCGCAGCUGCGUGCCAGGCCUGGUGAAUGCAGCUCUAGGCCGCCAGGUGCUGGCAUCCAGCACGUGCGGGCGGCCGGCCACCCGGGCCUGUGAUGCUUCGGACUUGCGGCGGGCACAUCCUGCUGCCCUCCUGACCUCUGCAGGGGGCACGGCAAGCCCUCUGUGUUGGCGCUCAGACUUGCUGCCCCGGGUUCCCCUCAACGUGACCCUCACGGUGCCCCUGGGCAAGGCUUUCGAGCUGGUCUUCGUGAGCCUGCGCUUCUGCUCGGCCCCUCCGGUGUCAGCGGCCGUGCUCAAGUCACAGGACCAUGGCCGCAGCUGGGCCCCCCUCGGCUUCUUCUCCUCCCACUGUGGCCUGGACUACGGCCGCCCCCCUGCCCCUGCCGAUGGCCCGGCUGGCCCAGGGCCUGAGGCCCUGUGCUUUCCUGCACCCCAGGCCCAGCCCGACGGUGGUGGCCUUCUGGCCUUCAGUGUGCAGGAUGGCAGCCCGUCAGGCCUGGAUCUGGACAGCAGCCCGGUGCUCCAAGACUGGGUGACCGCCACAGAUAUCCGCAUAGUGCUCACAAGGCCUGCCACACUCGCAGACACCAGGGACUCGGAGGCCACAGUCCCAUACUCCUACUCAGCCACUGAGCUCCAGGUGGGCGGUCGCUGCAAGUGUAAUGGGCAUGCUUCACGGUGCCUGCCGGACACCCAGGGCCACCUGAUCUGCGACUGCCGGCAUGGCACCGAGGGCCCUGACUGCGGCCGCUGCAAGCCCUUCUACUGCGACAGGCCGUGGCAGCGGGCCACCGCCCGGGAGUCCCACGCCUGCCUUGCUUGCUCCUGCAACGGCCACGCCCGCCGCUGCCGCUUCAACAUGGAGCUGUACCGACUGUCUGGCCGCCGCAGUGGGGGUGUCUGCCUCAACUGCCGGCACAACACUGCUGGCCGCCACUGCCACUACUGCCGGGAGGGCUUCUAUCGAGACCCUGGCCGUGCCCUGAGUGACCGUCGCGCUUGCAGGGCCUGCGACUGUCACCCCGUGGGUGCUGCUGGCAAAACCUGCAACCAGACCACAGGCCAGUGUCCCUGCAAGGACGGGGUCACUGGCCUCACCUGCAACCGCUGUGCCCCUGGCUUCCAGCAGAGCCGCUCUCCGGUGGCACCCUGUGUUAAGACCCCUGUCCCUGGACCCACUGAGGAGAGCAGUCCUGUGGAGCCCCAGGACUGUGACUCGCACUGCAGACCUGCCAGUGGCAACUACCGCAUCAGCCUGAGGAAGUUCUGCAGGAAGGACUAUGCGGUGCAGGUGGCGGUGGGCGCCCGCGGUGAGGCACGCGGCGCGUGGACGCGCUUCCCGGUGGCGGUGCUCGCCGUGUUCCGGAGCGGCGAGGAGCGUGCGCGGCGCGGGAGCAGCGCGCUGUGGGUGCCGGCCCAGGACGCGGCCUGCGGCUGCCCGCGCCUGCUACCCGGCCGCCGCUACCUGCUGCUGGGGGGCGGGCCGGGAGCCGCGGGCGGGGGCGCGGGGGCCCGGGGGCCGGGGCUCAGCGCGGCCCGCGGAAGCCUCGUGCUGCCCUGGAGGGACGCGUGGACGCGGCGCCUGCGGAGGCUGCAGCGGCGCGAGCGGCGGGGGCGCUGCGGCGCGGCCUGAGCCGCGGGCGGGGC